GUUAACAUUCGAGAAUGGAAGAAGGCCCGGGAGCGACUGAGAGUUGAGGCUGGUUGAGGCUUGUCGGUGGCGGUCGACCGGCUAAAUAUGAGGGUGAAGAUUGAAAAGUUUUGGGAAUUCGUCAAGCAGAUGCGCAUCCAGAAGAAGUACAGCGACGAACUAUUUGUGAACGCGGACCAGACAUCACUCUUCAUCGAGAUGCCACACGAGAGGACCUUGGACCACAAGGGGGCGCGCACGGUUCACGAUGCAGUCCCCGAGGAGCUCAUGCGCAAGAGCUUCAGGACCUGCGGUAUUGCCAACGACCUCAGUGGCUCCGAAGAUCGGCUCGUCCUAAGCCACCUCCGCACCAAGGCAGAGGUGGAGAUCAUGGACGACAUGCACGGGGAGGAGGGGGAGGAUGAGUACGUCAACCCCCUGUACAACGAUUGCUUUGUUGAGCCCCCCGUGGACGCCCCCGACUUCGAUGAGGACGAUAACGCCGCUGACGCCCAACUUGAAGAGCUGGCAUGUGAGGGGGAGGGCCCGCUGGAUGAUCCUGUUUGGGAGUGGCCGGCAUAGGGGAUUGCUAGGGAGGAUGAUGACGACCGCUGGUGGGAUGAGGUCGCGAAUGAAGAGGAUGUGGAGAUCUAGCAUGCUGUGGAUCUUGAUGAGGAGGAUGCUAAUGUUGAAGACUGUGAUGGUGAUGCUGCAGAUGCUGAAGCCGACGACUAGCCACAAGAUGGGAGAGGAAGCAACACGAGUUGCUCGAGACGCUUUAGCGGGGGAUGCAGUAGGAGAAUGUGCCGUUGCGCAACGUGUGUAGGAGAAGGUGUAGAAGAAUCUGAACUAGCAUCAGUAGAACCUGAUCAUGCAGUAUGAGAAUCUGCAAUAGGAGUUGGUUCUGUAGGCAGCGCUGUAUGGGAU